UAAAAACAAAUCAUCAUUAUUUUCUGAUGUAUUUCAUGUUGGAAAAAAAAUACAUAGUGAUUAUGUUUGAAUUAUAAUCUAAAAGAUUUUACCGAUUUUAAACCUAUCUUGUUUCUUGCAAAUAUGGGGACGCCACCGCUUGUUGUCAAACAAAAUACCCCAAAUUAAGCCGCAGACUUUAAUAGGUAGGAAAAGGGAGCAGGAUGGACAUGGGCUUGGUUUGAGUUGCUUCCCCUGCUUCAGGAAGUUGGCUUCUAAUACACUCCAUCAAAGAAGAGAUAGUUUAUUUUUCUGCAGAGAGAAUCCAUGAGUACAGUGGUAUAGACCCUGUGAGCCCGACAAGUGAAACUUGAAAGUUUGGUCCUGUUUGUAUUACCUGAGAACUAUAGUGAACCAGAUUGAUCCCCAGUGCUGCGUACAUGGACACAUGGAACUGUGGGUACGGUGUCGUCACGUCCACAUGUGCCUUUGUUGCGUGACUUCUAUUGUUAAAGACUUUCUUGUUUACAAACAUGUUAGACCUAAUUAUUGCAAAUAUUUUAUUAGUUUUCAUGUGAAGUUUACAUUCUUUUCGAUUUUCAUUUCUACCUUUGUGAUUGUGUUUUGUCAAAAGAAGUAGAUUUAAGUUUUUAUAACAAAACAGAAAAAGUAAGCCCAGUUUAAGAAUGAAGUAAUUAUAAAACCUGUUGAUUCAUGUAUUUUCUAGUUCUUUGAGGCAAAAUGAACUGGACGAAAAUGAAGGAGGCGUUAAAGACAACAUUGGUUCAGUAUGGGAAGAUUGUUACAGCUGGUCCUCUCCCCUUUAAAAAGUAGAAUCAGAAUGAGCAGUGACAAGUCAUUCAGAAACUAACAGUUUUAAUGGCAAUGCUCUCUUCUACAUAUAUUUGUAUUUUUAAGCUGGUAUAUCUGAAUGAAAUAUCUACAAAAUACUGUUACUUGAAAGAUUUUUUCUUUCAGGCUAGUUAUUUUUCCAUUUCGAUUUUUAUUUAUUUUUACUUCAGCGUAGUUUCCCUCUAGCUGGUUGCACUUCAUUUUUUUCCAUUUUUUUAUUUUUUUUUUUGGUUUAAUAUAAGUAUCAAAUAUAAACCAUUUUUAUUAAUCAUGUUGUAUGAACUGGUUCAUUUAUGUUUGCAACUUAAUGCUUUGUUUUGUAUGACAAACAACAUCAUACACUUGUUUGUAUGGAUGUUAAUUGAGGCAAUAACAAACAUACACAUUGGUGCACAAAAUAAAUAGUCAAAUUGUAAAUGAUACAACAAUUAGGGGUUUGCAUUAAGGCAGCCAGCUGACAUUCAAAACUCUAAAAAUAGUUUGAAUAGAUAAUAUUAAAUCAAUUUUAACAUCAUUUUAUCUUGUGAGUUGGCCAUAUUUGAAAAAAAAGAGUAUUUUUAACGGGGUAUUUUUUUGCAAUUAUUUCCAUGUUAUUGGUAAAAAUAUUGAGCAUUGUUUUAAUUAGGUAGUAACUAACCACUUCAUUACAUUAAAUGACUCAUUAACCUGCCUAUGUUCUAUUGAUCAAAACAUUCAUGUUUUUGUAUAAUGAUCAUGAAAUACAUACCAUAAUAAUUAUUGAGUGGUUUGAUUGAAAUUAGAUGAUGCCAUGCUUCAAAAAAUGCCUAUUGAUUGCAUGGUAAUAGUCUGUCCCAUACAUGCUAAGAAUAUUACAUCAGUCACUCAUAAUCUCUACGGUGCAUUCUCUGUGAAGAACAUUGAACAAAUUUCAGAUCCGUAAUGUAAUUAAAGUGUUUAUUUUAGCACAGGCUCUUUAUAAAUUUAUCAUUUAUACGCAUGCUCUUAGUACCAGUUGUUAAAUUAAGUUCUGUUUUACCAUGGAAGUUAAAUGUUUUCAAUGUCCUAAUUAAUAUUCAUUGGUUGAAAUUUUGUUGAAAUUUUAUGAAGGACUUAUUCAAGGGCACAUUUUGUUAUCUAAUAUGUUAUUCAUUUAAGUGAAUAGGUUGAAAUUACUUUCCCGGGUAUACUUCCUUUUUGUGCGAGAGAUAGUGACCCAUAACCCUUAAGAAUUCCUCAAAUGCACAUUCAAUCUUAGCAAAGCCCUAAACAUAAUCUUAUAAAGUAUUCAAAACACACCCUAAAUUUUCAAUGAGCCUUAUUUACGAUGUUAUAAACAAAUAAAAAAACUAUAGAUAACAAACAGGACUAACGAUUUGACCAAAAUAUUGCAUUGUUUUUUAUCCUGAUGUGUAUCCUUAAACUUAGAUAUAACAAUAAAACAAAGGAAAUGUGUAAGUAGGAAGUAUUGAUUGUACAAGUAUCAAAAUUAUCAGUUGUAAUGAUCACUUUAAAAUGUUAGUUUAUUUCUUUGUUGCUUUGUGAAGCAUCGUCCUUUGCACCAACGCUUUUCAAAGCAGUGACACAUUGCUUAUGAAAAGGGCUAUAUAAAUAUGUAUACUGUUAUAAUAAUGUCCUUAUCGCUAAGCGUGCCGCUCUAGUAGAUAGCUUUAUACGGGUAAGCCGGAAAUGGCUGCUUAUAGCAGAGAUAACGGGAUAUAGAGAUUUUUAUUUAGAUUUUGAAAUAUACGUAUCCAAGUAGGUUUGGAUCGAUCGCUUUAUUUGCCCUGUUUAUGUAGCACACAGGUGAAAUUGGCAAAAUUAUCAGGCCUUGGUUUACAUGGUAAUAGAGGGAAUUAUCAAAUUUUACAAUAGUUACCAUUAGUGAGGGCUCAUAUUGUAAAAUGAAUUUAAACUUUAAAAUUGCCUUAAAUUGAUGAAAAUGGUCUUAAAAUUAAUAAGCAUAAUUAGUUUCAGUAAAUUGAGGGCAGGUGGCUUGACUAUUACAAAAAGAUACAAUGAAUGUUGUAAUAAUAAUUUAAGUAACAAGUUUACAGACAAUAAUGUCCAAUGUGACAGCAAUUUGCACUCACAAGAAAUCUUUCUAAAGAAACUGUAGUUGUUAGAUUCUAACCCUUUUGAAGUGACAUUCCAUUUAUUAAAUGUAAAAUGUAUGUGGGGCUUCCUUUUAUGCAAUGAUCUUGCUGCAUAAAAAAAUGCUCUCCGUUGUAUGAUGUAUAGGGCUUGACUUUCCUGUAAUGGUGUGCCUGGUUUCCCUGGGAACAAGGAGAGGUGAUGGUCAACUCUGCUUGCUGGUCAUUUACUGCGCAUGUACAGUAGAUGUGUUUGUUUGGUGACAACGGUGAGGCAGUCUUUCAGUUUCCAUGGUGAGAGCUGACAGCACAUGGCUUCUUCUGGAAAACAGCCCAUAGUUGCCACUCCCCAUCACUGACAUCUUAUAGCUGCGGACAGGGAGGAUUCACUGAUUCGCAAUAAACUGAUUUUUUUCGAAGCUGCCCCACUAUACAAGUGCUACCAAGAUGCUGUCAAGAUGAUGGACAUACACUCAGCAUCAUGUUUUAGACCGUCUGCCACCCUUCCACACAACUCUUCUGCAGGUUCACUCGCAGUUCCCUCCCCUAGUGCAGACGUCAGAGACGCACCAAAGUACACAUUCGGCAGGAGUAAUAGUUACCAAGGCAAUAUGGUGGUAGAAUCCCAGACCCACAACUUUCGUCCAAUGACUCCUGAUCCACAUCCUGACAAUGUUGACAAUACUGACUCACAUAAGAUUGAUCUGCCUAGUUCAGGUCAGAAAUCAACUCUUCCCCCUGAAGGUGCGUUAACACCAACUGAAGAGCCUGUUGCAAAAAGAAAACUUCAGAUUUCUGAAGAGUUUACUUCAGAUCAGCAAACUGAAGUUAACAGUACAAAACAGAUAAGAGACUCAAUAUCAGAUGUAAAUGUAUUAAAUGACUUCAAUGAAUCAAGUGACUCCAUUGACAUGGCACAGUUUGGUCCCAAAAGACGUCGACUUUCUGAAUCAGUUGCAUUGAAGAAUGCAGAGAUGUACCUAGAUGCUGCAUACAAGGCUGGUUUAGAUAAGAGUCCCCCAACCUUGAGUCCCAAAACUCUGUCUGAUACAGACUUUGAUGGGAUGAGCACAGGAAGUCCCAGUGUGAGUGUGAGCGGGGAGAGGCGGAGAAGAAAACCAAACCUUGAGGACAUUGUACGCCGUAUGAAAGAGGUGGAGACAGACUAUGAGAGUGAUGACAGUGAUAAUGAGGUGUUUGAUGAGCGUGGCAUGCAGGAGGGUGGAGAUGAGGUUGACGGGGAUAUCUCUGUCAAAAUGCCUGUCCUGGCUAGCCAGAUGGAACUUCUCCAGAGUAUGGGAAAGAAGGCUUUCAAUGGAGAAACCAAUGAAAACAAUAACAUUAUCAAUAAAAUUGGGCAACAUGACAUUGACAAAGAAAACCAAAGCAAUGGGGAUGACCUGAGCAAGACAGGAAUUCCCCUCCCACCAUCCAGCAAAAUGGAGCCAGGGUCAGUGAAUGGGGAAAGUGUUAUCAAGCAGGUAGGCCACGUGACCCCGCCCAACUCCAGCAGCAACUGGAUGCCUGGCCCCUUCAACGGCUUCCCAAUGUUCCCCUUCCAAGCAAGCCCACCAGAUCUUCCAUUCUCCAAGUUCAUGAGUCCCUAUGAAAACAAGUUCAACUCUCCAGAGCUUGAGAAAGACUAUCUGAAAUGUCAGUAUUGUGAGCGGACAUUUCGACGACAGAAGAACCUUGAGAAUCAUAUAGAGAACACCCACCACGGGAAGAGCCCACAGAGGAAGAAGUCCGGGGACAACACAGGCGAGAUGUACUUUAAGUGCACACACUGUCCGUAUACUACUAAACAUCAGAGUAAUCUCUACGUGCACCUGAGGAUACACACAGGCGAGCGGCCGUACAUCUGUGGGGCGUGUGGAGUCCAGUAUAGCCAGAGUCACAGUCUUAAGUCACAUAUCAUCAACAAACAUGAUGGCAUAAUGUCAUACUACAUCAAGGAGAAGCGGACCCGCUCCCCACGGGGUCUUGGAUACCUGGCCACCCAGCCCAUCCCCGGUGAUUCUCCUGUGUUUAAGAUGCCUGCCUCCCCAAUGAUGCACUCCCAAUUCCCAGGGGGGAUGAAUGGUCUCCAACUGCCACCAUCCUCCCUCCAUCAGACCCCGCUCAAGCUGUCUCCACAGGGUAAGCCUGUUAUGGGGGGGAACACACCGAUGUCAGUCUCCAACUCCCCAAUGAUGUCACCGGGCCAGCUGCCCAGCCAGCGGUCCUCAGUGUCCCCCCAGGUUUCCCCUGGCAACCAGCAAGCCCCGCUUCAGAUGUCUCCACAGUAUGGCAUGCACAGACCACCAUUCCCACCGCUGCAGCACAUGUUUCCAGACGGAUCUGAUCUCACUCAGAAAUCCUUAGAGUAUGCCAAAAUGAGUCUCAUGAACUUUCCCUUCUAUGGGAAGCAAUUUCCAUGUAAGCCAAGCCCUCCUUUCCACAUGAAUGGACAUGGCCCAGUAUCCCCACAGUUUGGAAACGGUAUGAGCCAGCAUGUAAGGCUUCAAGAACAUGCCAUCCCUCAGAACGGGGGAUCCCAACAGCAAUACAACAAAAUGCACAAUCCUCUACAAGAAAUCCACGAUAACCGUCACCAUGAGGGGGAUGAGGGGGCCAUUGACCUGAGCAAGAAAGGGAAGGAGGAGGGAGCUCUUGAUCUCGCCCUAGACAUGACCGGGAGGUGCACAAACGAGGACAGCUCAAAAUGCCCUAACUGUCAGCAUCUGCUUAAACUGAAGUUGCUCCGAAUGAAUGUGGUGCGAAUGCUGAGUAUUCUUGUACCAAACCUGAAUUUCGAAGAGAAGGGAAUUAAUGCAGAGGGAGACUCUGUAGAUGACCUGCUCAGAGACGUGAUUGAGAGCAAUAUUCACGAUGAAGACCCACACGAGUAACACUCGCAUACUGCUGUUGUAUGCAUGCAGCAAAUAUGGCAGCAAAUUUCGUACAUUUGUUGUUAACCAAAAUCAUAAAACAUUGAAAGUAUUAUCAGAGUUACCGAUAUCAUGAAGAAAAUGUAUUUUAACAUUUUUAAGAGUUUAUAUUUUUCAUUGAGUUGAUGGUGCAAUAUUAGAAAUGUCUCAUUCAUAAACAAGUUUAACUUGUGACAUAAACAUUGACAUAUCAACAUACCGUUACAUCAGCUCAUAGAUUCAUAGCCAAGAUAUCAUUGUUUCCAUAGCUAGACAUUUGUUUAAAAUUGACUGCUUAGUUCAGCAUUGAAAAACAAAAAACACUGACUCUUGUCUUGUGUGUGCUGUAGAUUCUAUUUUACAGAGUUUAUCAUUUUGCAUUUAAUACAAAUGUCUUCAUUUAUUGACUUGAUUCCUGCCACAGGCUUGUAGAAAUUGCUUGGUCUUGUCAGACGGGACGGAAACGGAGAGAUAUGCUUCAUGAAAAAGGAUUCAUAUUCCUAGUCAGAACAUUCUGUAAUAUUACAAUGUGAAACAGUCUUAUGUGCUAAAGGAACAGUGUUAGUGGACUGAUCUUUUAAAUGACUUCACCCACAUGUUUGUUGUCUCAUAUUGAAAGUCACUGUUUUUCAUCGUCAACAGUUUAACUGCAGACGGCCGCACAUCCCUUGUUGAGCUCAUGUAUUUGGGUCUUAGACCUUCAUUAAACCUAACGUUAUCUGUGUGAUGACAAAAAUGGCGAGCAAACUACACACUGUUGUGUCUUAUAUAGUUCUAGAUUAUUCUUGGCAGCAUCCAUUUGGUUUACACCCCUUUUUUGUGCUAACAUGGAACAUUCCAAAUAUCGGAGGAGCAUUCCAAAGGAACGGACCAGUUCACAACAUUUUAAGGCUGAUUAAAAAAAUAUGUUCAUUAGUUCAAAUGUAGCCUAACUUCUUAUGUUGUAAAUAGUGGCCUUUAUGUGAAGAAAUCACCAAAUACAAGUGCUAUUUGAAAUUUGGGAGAAGAAAGAUACUAAAGCCUAUUGCUUUAGUUGCAUUGAAGCAAAACAAUGUACCUUAUGUCCAUACAACUAACCAAAGAUGUUUUUCAUAACUGCUUCAGCCAUUUUACAAAUGUGUGUUUUUCUAUGUUUACAAUAAUUAUGGCAUGAUCUUUUUUAUUUAAAAGUUUUGUAUUUUGUUUAAGAAAAAGACAGUGCUAUUUAGCUAAGAUUCUCUUUUAAUCCAGUUGGCCAAAAGACAUUCCAUUUUGAAAUAUGUUGACUGCUAGUUUAUACAAACUUUAUAUGAAAUCCAAUGUCCCAUGCAGCUAUGUUUUUUCUACUUAAUGUUCUGCUUGUACUUCGCAACAUGUUUUGUUGUAAAAUCAAAAUGUUUUUUACAAUUAAACUGCUGAUUUAAUGAUUCAUCAUUUGAUGCAUUUAUUUGCUUCCAAAUUCACUCCAAAGGUACCGAUUCUAUCUGGUUUCAUAUGGCAAAAAGCUGAGAAAUUCGAGUGAUUGAAAGAAGCUUUUGGAUAGUUUAUGGUUGUCAACGAGUCAUCUAAUUCUAUAAUUAGUUUUAAGAAAAUUAUUAGAAAUCAUUAGUUAAAAAAAGAGAGAAAACAGAAGAAACAUAUCAGUAAUCUCUAGAGUGAACAUUUUAAAUGAUUUUAAUCGAAUGUCCAAAUUGUGUGCCUAUAGAGUAUGGCAGCAUUGUUUUCAACCGCAAUUUUGUUAUGAUCUGUAACACUGAUGACUUUCAUUUUACUGUGUUGACUAUUAAGUGUAUUUGUGUUCAUAUCAUCAAAUCAUCUCAAAGGCUUGCUACGAAUCUUAUAUAUUUGACUAUGAGAUAAAUAUUUUACUUAAACUGUAAAGUUUUCAGAUUUAUGAUGCAUUUAUAUGUAACUGAUUUUAUAACAAAGAUGUCUCAAAAGCCAUCCCUUUCCCAUUUUGAAAGCCUUGCUAGUUCAUAACGAAGUGACUUCUACGUCUUGUACUUGAUAAUAUAUUGUACAAAUUAAAUUGCGAACUGAACAUUGUCUCCCACAUCUGCAUGAUCUUUUUUUACUCAUUGUUACUAUGACAUGCUGUAACCUUGUUUUACUUAUAUGAUUGUACACGAAUAGAUCUCUACUAUGACUGUAUUUGGAGGAAAUUGUCUCAAACUAGGUAUAGAAAUCUUGUAGACUCCUAGUGCUAAACUCCCCAUGAAUGACAAUACAUAAUAAGCCAAUCGUUUAGAACUUUGUGAAGAUUAACAAUCUGAUUAACGACAUCAUUGUUACCUUUUAAGCAUGAAAUAUGUGAUGGGGAUCUCACAUAUUUUAAAAAAGAGCCAAGUACAGUUGAAAAAGUUGUCUCAAAUCUUGUUUGAAAAACAGCAGUUCACAAGCCUUUCCUUUCAACUUCCAUCGCAGUAGUGAUUUGAAAAGUAACAAAGAUGAUGUUAACGAUGUUGUUAACUUGAACAAAGUUCUGAACAAUCGGCCCAAUGUCACCUACGUCUUUGUUUCCAUCAGUUAUGUUUAGUAUCCCACCAUUAGCAGUAUUGUUCAUUUUUUGGUAACAUGUAUAAUUUCAUUAUUUUUUAUCGUUUCAUUCCAUCAUUGUAUGGACAGACCAUCUCCAGCAACAGAUAUGUAAACAUAGAUGUGAGCAUUUGUUUAUUAUAUAAUAAUGUACAUGUUUCAGUUGGAAUUUAUGUCAUAUGUUCAUAGUUUAUGUAAAAAUGAUGUGUUCAGAUCUUUAUUGAAAGUAAUUUGUUUAUAAUGAUUUGUUUUGUACAUUUAUAGUUGUUGUUAUUGUCUUUAUUAAUUUCUGUGCUUUUAUGUCCUAAAUUUUUAUCAUAUUAGAUUGAAUUCAUGCUUUUAAUUCCUGAUGUAAUUAUUGAUGAUUAAUAUCAGUGUGUUAAACCUAUCACUUAUAUGUAUACCUUGUCAAGGCAGUAACGUAUCUGUUGAUUUUAGCAUUAUUUAAAUGUUCAGAUUUCAAUGAUGACCGCAUCAGAACUAGAUUUAUUUAUUCUUUCCUGGUAUUGUACUUAUUUAACUUAUUCAUGUUGUAACCAGUUGUACAGAAUGUGCUCAUAUAUUUUAUUACAACCUUCGUUACCUUAUGCAACUUACAGAAGUCAGAAACACACCGCACGCAUACAAGUAUAUGCCUUUCUUGGCCGUGCAAAACACUGUUUUAAUUGCUACCACUGAUUUGCAAUUGAUAAUUGAAUCAUUUUUGUAUGGCAUCAUGUUAUUUUUAACAUGGAUGGUUCUUGGUUUUAAUGUCACUUUUAAAACAGUGUCUUGUGUGGUUAUUUCAAGUUGUUAAAACGAGCUUUCUUUUUCCGAAUAAGCCCUAUAACUGUUGAUGUUGUCUUAAGUAUUUCUGAUUGAAUAAUACAUCUGAGCACAUAUUGCAAUAUAAAUUGUUAAUUGAAACGUGACUAGCCUGGUGUUAUUCUGCAUUAGCUCUAGUGGACAUGUACUGUGACUGUAUGAAUAUCAUUCCAUUGUUGCCCACGGUUGUGAGACUUUUUUCCUGGGUGGAGGUCGGCCCUCCACCCCUCGUUGUCUACCACAUCUAGCUGUUGUUUGGUUUCAUGUAGGCGGGGUCCUUGAGUUUGAAAAGCAGUCCUGAAAGAAUGCCCAUGUUGUCAUCAAAGGUUGAAAUGUUUUUGUUUUUGAGUUCUUUAAAAAUAGAAUUCAACGAAAACAAAUUCUAGAUUUUUAUAAAGGUAAAAUUCAUACUGAGAUGUCUCUACUGUUGUACUAUUUCCUGUAAAAAGGACUUAACAUAGACAGAUCGCUUACACACAGAAUUUCUGGGACUCAUUCAGCACACUUUUUCAAACUCGGACCGUAGAGCUUUUGGGAGCCACAGAGACUGUUAUUUCAACAGAUAUCUUUGAUGAUGUAUUUCAUGUUGUUGUGUAUGUGUUUAGAAAUGUUAGAUAUUCAAACAAUGGUCCUGCAUCCAGCUAAGUUUAAGAAAACCUGUCAUAAUAUUACACUAGAAAUGUAGCAACAUCUAGUUCUAAAGUUUAGGAAGAUUGAUAAAUAACUGGUUGAUAUUUUGUCACAUUUUGCAGUAGGUUUAUUCAUUACAAUACAUACAAAUGAAUAUCCGUGUUCUGUAUGAGACUGGUGUGAAUGUAGAUGUAAACUUCCGACUGCCAAUUCUUCCAAUCCUCGUGCCAUUUUGUUGAAACAGCUGCUAGCUUCUCUUUCUCUGUUGUCAAAAUGAUUAGUAAUCUGAAUUUUUUUUCAUGCAUAGUCCCUUUUGUAAUCAUCACUGAAAACCAAUUAUUUUCAUUUUCUAUUUGUUUUUUCAUUUUUUUUUUCAUUUUAAAACACAAAGAAACAUGUGUAUUUUAUCAGAUAAGAUCUUAUAUUAUUUUAUUACCCAUACUAUUACUCUGUUAUGUGUUCAGGUAUUUUUAUUUUGCGAUUGUGUUCUUCCUGCCAUUUGUGUUCAGUUUGUUUAUUUACUCUUUUUUGUGUUCAAACAUUUGAAAACAAACUUACAAUAUCUUUAUUGUUUUGUCAUACUAGGUAAUCCAAUUUUUAGUGAUUACUAAGACCAUAUUUUAUGACUGCACCAAGGAAUGUUCUCAUUGUCUGCAGGAACAAUUUCACGAAUUUAUAUAUAGAUAAUUCUGGACAAAGAAAAUUUAAGUAAGAGCUUAUGUUUUAUACAACAAGUGGUUCCUGGUUUAUGUUCAUUUCCCAGAAUGCCGGUUGUUAAGGCUACCCAACCCCUCAGUGCUACUGAAGAUCUCCACCAAUGUUACUUUACUUCUGUUUAAUUACUUUUUGCUACUAUGUACACUUUGUCCGGUGUUUUAUUCGUAUUAUGGUUUAUUUUACUCUGUUAUGUUCUGUUAUGGCAGAGAAGAGCUGUCAGACAUAUUAGACAUUUAAUUCAUCUAGCUUUUAAUUAGUUUUGUGUUUAUAAGGCUAGUUGGAUUAGUGUUUAUUUUUUCCAACACAAAUAAUGAACAAUUGUACAGAUUCCCAACUUGGUUUUAUUUUCUUCUUGUUUACUGUUUGCCUAUUAGUCGAUUAUUGCGAUGCUUUUUUGUGUAAUAAGUGCGUUUGGCAUGAGAGGUGUAGACUGUAGUUAAAUGGUGAAAUAAAGCAAUACAUUCAAAA